AUGGAGAUCCCUAAACUAAGGACAAUAUGUGGAGGCAGAUAUCAUGUCUUCAACAAUAGAGAGAAGAGAGACUGUACUCAGGUCAGAGAGCUGCUGAGGAAGAUAGAGGAGAUGGUGAAGAGGAAUGGUGGAAAAUACAUCACCAAUGAGAUGUACCAGGAGGUUCAGAGGAAGAUCGAAGAGGAGGAGCUGAGGAUUGUUCUGGUGGGUAAGACUGGAUCAGGGAAGAGUACAACAGGAAACAGCAUUCUGGAAGGAGAUGCAUUUACAGCAAAGUCAUCUCCAGUGUCUGUGACUGUACAGAGUAAGAAACAGAGUGGAGUGGUGAAUGGGAGGAAGAUUGAUGUCAUCGACACCCCGGGGCUCUAUGACACAACACUGUCUAAAGAAGAGAUGGAAAGUGAAAUAGUCAGGUGUAUAGAAAUGUCAGUCCCAGGACCCCACGCCUUCCUGCUGGUGAUCAGACUGGGUGUGAGGUUCACAGAGGAGGAGCAGAACACUGUGAAGUGGAUCCAGAAGAACUUUGGAGAAGAAGCCUCAAUGUACACCAUCUUGCUGUUCACACAUGGAGAUCAACUGGAGGGUAAAUCAGUCAAAGGGUUUCUGGCCGAGAGCCCAGAGCUACGGAAACUCAUCAAUAUCUGUGGGGGCAGAUAUCACUCCCUAAUCAAUGACAAGAGAAAAGACAACACUCAGGUUAGAGAGCUGCUGGAGAAGAUCGAUGAGAUGGUGGAGAACAAUGGAGGGAAACACUACAUCACUGAGAUGUACCAGGAGGCCCAGAGGAAGAUCGAAGAAGAAAAGAUAGUUCUGGUGGGGAAGACUGGAGCAGGAAAGAGUGCAACAGGAAACACCAUCCUGGGAGGAAAGGUGUUUAAAGCAGAGGCCUCCCCAAAGUCUGUGACCAAACACUGUACGAAAGGUGAAAGGAAUGUUGCAGGAACAAAGGUAACAGUAAUUGACACCCCAGGCCUCUUUGAUACAACACUGUCUGAAAAGGAGAUGAAGAGGGAAAUGGAUGAGUGUAUUAAGAUGUCAGUCCCAGGACCCCAUGUGUUCCUGCUGGUGAUCAGGCUGGAUAGAUACACAAAGGAGGAGAGGAACACUGUGAAGUGGAUCCAGGAGAACUUUGGAGCAGACGCUUCACCCUUCACAAUCGUACUGUUCACUCGGCCCGAUCAGCUGGAGGGCAAACCAGUGAUGACAUUCCUGUCAGAGAGUGAUGAGCUUCAGAAAGUCAUCAAUGUCUGUGAGAACAGGUUUCAUGUCUUUAACAAUAGAGAGAGGGAGGACCGUACUCAGGUCACAGAGCUGCUGCAGAAGAUAGGGAAGAUGGUGGAGAAGAAUAGAGGACAACACUACACCAGUAAGAUAUACGAAGAGUCUCAGAAUAAGAUAAAAGAGGAGGAGAGAAAGAGACAGGAGGAGGAGAGGAAGAAACAGGAGGAUGAGAGGAAGAAACAGGAGGAGCAGGAAAGGAUCAUAGCACAGUUUAAGGAGAAGGAGAAGAGAGCAGCAAACAAAGAUUUUCGAAGUUCUCUAUUACAAAUAGGUGGUGCAGUUGUUACAGGUCUGGGAGGUAUUUUGGGAUUUCCACCUUUAAUAGCAGCUGGAGUUGCUAUAUCAGGUACAGUGAUAGUUGAGAAAAUUUUUUGCAUGAGUUUUAAACCAUUCCAUUGGCUUAAUGUAAAUCUCCACCCACCUGCGGCACCUGCUAUGCAAAACCAGCAGGACCACUGCUUCAGCUCUCUUGACAACAGCAGACAACAAUAUACAGAUCUGUGCAACCACACUAAAAUAGUAGAGAUGGAACAAGGGACAGGAGGGACUCUGAAGAUUCUGUUCCUGUUGACACUCUGUCUGCAAGACUUCACUGGUCAAUGCCAAGUUUCAGGGCAUCCUUCUAACCUGAGGAUAGUUCUGGUGGGGAAGACUGGAUCAGGGAAGAGUACAACAGGAAACACAAUCCUGGGUAAAAAGGUGUUUAAAGUGGAGGCUUCUCCAGAGUCUGUGACUGCACAGACUGAGAAACAGAGUGGAGUGGUGAAUGGGAGGAAGAUUGAUGUCAUCGACACCCCGGGGCUCUAUGACACAACAAUGUCUCAAGAAGAGAUGAAAAGUGAGAUAGAAAAGGCCAUCUACAUGUCAGUUCCAGGACCCCAUGUGUUCCUGCUGGUGAUCAGACUGGGGAGGUUCACAGAGGAGGAGAGGAACACUGUGAAGUGGAUCCAGGACAACUUUGGAGAAGAUGCCUCAAUGUACACCAUCUUGCUGUUCACACAUGGAGAUCAACUGGAGGGCAAAACAGUCAAAGAGUUUCUGGCUGAGAGCAAAGCGCUACGGAGACUCAUCAAUAUGUGUGGGGGCAGAUAUCACUCCCUAAUCAAUGACAAGAGAAGAGACAACACUCAGGUUAGAGAGCUGCUGGAGAAGAUCGAGGAGAUGGUGGAGGAGGACAAUGGAGGACAACACUACACCAGUGCUGACUAUGAAGAGGCUCAGAGAAAGAUCAACGAUAUUACUUUUUACUGUAAACUGGCAGCGUAUGGCGGUCUAGCCGCAGCAGGACUAGGGAUGGUGUUUGCUUCACCAGUAUUGGUGGCAGCAGGUGUAGCUGUAGGUGUCAGCCAAGGGUUAGAAUGCACUAAGGAGAUGCUAGGCUGUAAAUCUCCACCCACCUGUGGCACCUGGCUCUGUAAAACCAGCAGGACCACUGCUUCAGCUCUCUGUGACAACAGCAGACAACAAUAUACAGAUCUGUGCAACCACACUAAAAUAGUAGUAAUGGCACGAGGAAGAGGAAGGACUCUGAGGAUUAUGUUCCUGUUGACACUCUGUCUGCAAGACUUCACUGGUCAAUGCCAAGUUUCAGGGCAGCUCUCUGACCUGAGGAUAGUUCUGGUGGGGAAGACUGGAUCAGGGAAGAGUGCAACAGGAAACACCAUCCUGGGGAGGGAGGGGUUUAAAGAAGACUCCUCCCCUGAGUCUGUUACCUCACACUGUAUGAAGCAGAGUGGAGUGGUGGCUGGAAAGAAGAUUAAUGUGAUUGACACACCAGGACUCUUUGACACAAAAUUGACUGAUACGGAAAUGAAAAGUGAAAUAGAAAAGGCCAUCUACAUGUCAGUCCCAGGACCCCAUGUGUUCCUGCUGGUGAUCAGACUGGGGGUAAGGUUCACAGAGGAGGAGCAGAACACUGUUAAGUGGAUCCAGGAGAACUUUGGAGAAGAAGCCUCAAUGUACACCAUCUUGCUGUUCACACAUGGAGAUCAACUGAAGGGAAAAUCAGUGGAGGAGUUUCUGGCUGAGAGCAAAGAUCUACGGAAACUCAUCAAUAUCUGUGGGGGCAGAUAUCACUCCCUAAAUAAUGACAAGAGAAAAGACAACACUCAGGUUACAGAGCUGCUGGAGAAGAUAGAGGAGAUGGUGAAGAAGAAUGGAGGAAAACACUACACCAAUGAGAUGUACCAGGCGGCCCAGAUAAAGAUCGAAGAAGAGGAGGAGAGGAAGAAACAGGAAGAGGAUAAGAUAGAGAAAGAGAGGCAACAGAAGGAGAGAGAAAGGAUCAAAAGAGAAGAAAUAUUGUCUCGAUGCAAGAUAUCAGCAUUGGUCAGUUCGGCCGUAUUGGGGUGGGGAUACAAAUUCUCCUCUCCAUUGUGGUUAGCAGCAGGGUCUGUAUCAGCCAUUUUUGAAGGUUAUCAAUGCAUGGACGCCUAUUUCAAUUGGGGCGGUUCUGACUCAAAAGAAACACAGGCAGGGGACCUGAACGAGCUGGUUCAACACAGGGGACCUGACGAGCUGGUGACAUUUGACAAUAUAUUGGCAAAGAAGGACAGAACCAUGACUGAAGCUAUACCACUCAGAGAGAUGGAGCUGAAACGGCUGCCUGAGUCUGAUGGGUGUGGCUCAACAAAUCAUGAUGGGUCUGGUUUGACUGCUGACCUGAGGAUUGUGUUGCUAGGGAAGACUGGAGCAGGGAAGAGUGCAACAGGAAACACCAUCCUGGGGAAGAAUGUAUUUAAAGUCGACUCUUCGCCUGCGUCAGUGACCGGACAGUGUGAGAGACAGAGUGGAGAGGUCAACGGGACGACGGUUCAUGUGGUUGACACACCGGGCCUCUUCGACACAGCCAGGUCGGACGAAGAAGUGAAAGAGAAAAUAGAGGAGUGCGUUAACAUGUCCGUCCCGGGACCCCACGCCUUCCUGCUGGUGAUCAGGCUGGGGGUGAGGUUCACAGAGGAGGAGAGGAACGCCGUGAGGUGGAUCCAGGAGAACUUUGGAGAGGACGCCUCCAUGUACACCAUCUUGCUGUUCACCUGUAAAGACCAGCUGAAGGGGAAACAGGUGACAGAUUCUCUGAAGAUGUGUAAAGAGCUACGGAGACUCUCCAUCACUUUAGGCGGCGGGUAUCACUCGUUCAACAACGACGCCAAAGACGACCCCGCUCAGGUCCCAGAGCUGCUGGAGAAGAUCAAAGAGAUGGUGGAGCUGAACGGAGGAGAGCACUACACCAACGAGAUGUACCAGAAGGCUCAGAGGAAGAUCAGAGAGGCGGAGGAGAGGAGGAAGGAGGAGGAGAAAAGAAGGAAGGAGGAGGAGGAGAGAAAAUUAAAAGAAGAGGUAAAAGUAGAGAUAGAGAAAGAAAAGGAGGAAGAGAAAAGGGAGAAGGUAGAUAAAACGAGGAAUCUCCACAUCGCUCUCGCAGUAACAGUAGUGUGUGUAGUAGUAGGGGUGAUCAUAGCAGCUGCUGCUGAUACCACAGUGGCCCUGGCUCUAGCUCCACUCUUACUGGUGCUGGGAGCAGCCAGUGGAAUAACGGCUAUCUGCCUAAAGAAUGGAAGGUGUGGAGCUAAAACACCUGUCUCUGUAGCUGUAUAACAUUCACAUACUGUAUACCUCAUUAAGGCUGUUUUUACACAGGCAACCCAAUUCUGAUCUUUUGCCACUAAUUGGUCUUUUGACCAAUCCGAUCUAUUAUCAAUAAUUGGGCAAAAUAUCAGCAUUUGUCUGCCUGUGUAAAGAUCAGAAUUAGGCUGCCUGUGUAAAGAUCAGAAUUAGGCUGCCUGUGUAAAGAUCAGAAUUAGGUUGCCUGUGUAAACGAAGCCGAACAAGACCAAACAACAGAAACAUAGAUUGAAUGAUAGAUAGAUAGAUAGAUAGAUAGAUAAAAAUUGUCUUAAAUCUGUUCCCUUAAGUAUUUCUCUGGGUGUCCAGUGAUCUAUUUAUUUAAUCAUGUGUUCAGGGAUAACAUUUAUGAACACUUAAUAAAGAGAAGUAAAGAGUCUGA